UGCAAGCAACGAUGGUUUUAAUGAAUGUAGUUCACAGCAGCAACAUGACAGACAGACUGUACUCAGAAGGAAUCCGACCCAGGAACUCGGGCGCAUCUUCCGAUCAUAACGUGCUGAGAAAACCAGGGAGUGUGUCCAGAUGAGUAGGAAGGAGCACAGCAGAUAAUCCACACAAGAGAAGAGCACGGACACACGACACAACCUCAGAGAAGAAACAACGAUCUGACAACAAGAAACACUGGUAACAGAACAUAUAAAGGGAAGAUAAGUGGUUCCAGCUGGCGCAGACAAUCAGGCCGAGAUUGGGAAACCACGCCCACACAAACACUGGAGAGAGAGAGAGAGAGAGAGAGAGAGAGCGAGAAAGAGAGACGGAGGCAGUGGAUUCAUGAACCGUGACAAAUAUGACCAAACAGUUCUAGGAGACGGAAGAUGAAUAUAUAUGUUGUUUGGGAGAAUUAACUAAAUGCAUAUUCCAUUGUCCUUCUACACUACUGGUGUUAAAUUAACAGUGUGUUUGUGAAGUCAUGAUGUUCUCUUUGUCAGGCUGUCAGGCUGUGGAGUCACAGAGGAAGGCUGUGCUUCUCUGGUCUCAGCUCUGAGGUCAAACCCCUCACACCUGAGAGAGCUGGACCUGAGUAACAAUGACCUGAAGGAUUCAGGAGUGAAGCUGCUCUCUGCUGGACUGGGGAAUCCCCACUGUAAACUGGAGACUCUGUGGCUGUCAGGCUGUCUAGUCACAGAGGAAGGCUGUGCUUCUCUGGUCUCAGCUCUGAGGUCAAACCCCUCACACCUGAGAGAGCUGGACCUGAGCUACAAUCACCCAGGAGACUCAGGAGUCAGACUGCUCUCUGCUGGACUGGAGGAUCCACACUGCAGACUGGAGAAACUCAAUGUGGAACAUGGUGGAGAGAACAGAAUGAAACCUGGACUUAGAAAAUAUGUCUGUGAUCUCACACUGGACCCAAACACAGUAAACAGACGCCUCUCUCUGUCUGAGGAGAACAGAAAGGUGACAUGGAGGAGAGAGGAGCAGCCGUAUCCUGAUCACCCAGAGAGAUUUGAGGUCUGGGGACAGGUGCUGUGUAGAGAGGGUCUGACUGGGCGCUGUUACUGGGAGGUAGAGUGGAGUGGGGGGGCUGUUAUAGGAGUGACAUAUAAAGGAAUCAACAGGAGAGGAGGGGGUGAUGACUGUUGGCUUGGACACAAUGACAAGUCCUGGAGUCUGUUCUGCUCUGACAACAGAUACAGAGCCUGUCACAAUAAUAAUCUCACUACCAUAGACGUCCCCUCCUCCAGCCCCCACAGAGUAGGAGUGUAUCUGGACUGGCCAACCGGCACUCUGUCCUUCUAUAGAGCCUCCUCUGACACACUGUCCCACCUGAUCACAUUCACCCCCACAUUCACUGAGCCCCUCUAUCCAGGGAUUAGGGUUUGUUAUGACUCCUCAGUGUCCCUGAAAUAAUAACUUGACACACACACACACACACAGGACACACAUUCUCUCUGUCAGUGAUGCAUGCUGGACAAACACACACGCUGGACACACACUCACACUCACACUGGACAAACACACACACUGGACUUGAACACACUGGACUCACACACACACUGGACACACACACACACACACACACACACACUGUACAAACAAAUACACACACACACACACGACUAACAAACACACACACACAUGACAAACAAACACACACAAACAGUGGGUACACACACACACUGGACACACACACACACACAGGACAAACACACACACAGGACAAACACACACACAGGACAAACAGAUACACACACACACACUGGACAAACACACACAUGUGCGUCUUCCUAUAGUUGUGAGGACCUCUUCCAAUAACACCGUUAAAAUUCCAAUGUGAUAAUUUGUUGUCUUUUAUGUUGAAAAACAAAUUGUAUAAUUAUAUAUGGACAUACGCUCCAUAGUUGUACAAGUAUACAAGGAUAUAUUGUACUUUUCAUAAUAAAACAUACUUGAAACAAGAAAA